CUUUGCAGAAACCACUUGUAAGUACAGCUCUAGUUGAAAUGUUUGUGCAGUGGAUUUUGCUGAUCUUCAGCGUCACCCUGGUUUCGUCUAAAGGGAUUCCGGAACGAAUCGUGGGCGGCGACUUGAUAUCCAUUCUAUCGGUUCCCUGGCAGGCUUCCGUUCUUUAUUUUGGAGAACAUUGGUGCGGUGCAGUUAUCUACAGUGAAGACAUCGUCAUAACGGCAGCCCACUGCGUCAGCAAAAUCUACGCCGGAUACCUAUCCGUGCGAGUUGGCUCAUCGUACACCCUCUACGGUGGUCAGGAGGUGCGGGUAUCUCGGUUCCUGAGGCACGAGAAGUACGGCCGGAGCAUGGCCAACGACAUAGCCGUGAUGAGGCUUCAGUCCAAGCUCAGGCUGGGCAGUGGAGUCGCCGUCAUUCCCUUGGCCGAUACUUCUCCGCCUGUUGGAUCUCCUGCCACGGUUUCGGGCUGGGGUGACAUUGGCUAUAAGAAGGAAGCUGCCAAGUCCCUACUGGCGGUUACGGUGAACAUUGUCAGUCAGGAUCAGUGCCGCAAAUCGUACAAAAAUCAAAUCACCAAGGACAUGAUCUGUGCUGCUGCUCCGGGCAAGGAUGCGUGCUCCGGCGAUUCCGGAGGUCCUCUGGUCUCCGAUGGCAAGCUUGUCGGCAUCGUGUCCUUCGGAGCGAAGUGCGCUCUUCCAAAAUACCCGGGAGUCUACGCAAACGUGGCGGUGCUCAAGCCCUGGAUUUUGGACGCUGUUAAAAGAGUCUAAAAACGUAAUGUGUAAAUGAAGCUUGAAUAAAAUAAAA